AUGAAAAUUCCUCAAGCCGAUUUCGAAGAUCUGAAGGCAGACACGCAGAGACUGACAGAACUACUUCAGUAUCACGCGACCACAGACAUGGGCUUUCACACCAACGGUCGAGCCAAUGACCUAGUUCUGACCUCUCUCCACAACAAUCUGCCCAUCAGAAUCAACAUUUACGGUCUUCUACACGUCUAUGCAGCGGAGGGGAAGAACAUCACGGAGAGGGACCUGAGAGCUUCCAACGGCUAUGUCCAGGGUCUCGAUGACCUCAUGAUCCCGCCCACAGGAGACGUGGUGGACAUUUUGUCCGGCAUGGACAAGACCAAGACGCUUUCCUCCCUCAUCGUUGCCACGGGGCUGGACGCUGUCAUCAGGAGUUAG